AUGAUUUCGCUCAAUGGUUUUUUUGUUUUGUUAAGCAUCCCCAUAAGGUUGUUGUGGACAAUAUUCAAGUACCCCUUUGUUGGCGGAGCUAACGAAAAGUAUAAAAACAACCUCACAGCUUCCUUGAGGCUCGAGAUGGCCAGAGGAGCACUUAAAAUACCAAUUUGCGAUGCGGCUGUUAUAUCACUUAAAAAUGCUGACGCUAUCAUCAACACAGUUGUUCCUAGCCGUGUUCCCUUUUUGGUUCAAGGCUUGAAAAAAUAUGGCCAACGUUUUGAUAAGCAAAGUUUCUGGCUUGUUGAAGCUGAGGGCAGAUCAAACGACGACCCUAUUUUGAUAUACCUCCACGGAGGUGGCUACUAUAUCGACGUACAAAAGACCCAGAUUGAGUCUGUGUUAGCUAUCUAUCAUCUCCUCGAACCUAAAGCCAAAAGCAAAUUGUCGAUUCUUGAUCUUGAUUACAAAUUGGUUUUUGAGGGUCACCAUAUCACCACGCAAUUGUACCAGUUGGCAGAAACGUAUGAAAAGCUUGUACGGGCAGGUAACACAAACAUUAUUCUUAUGGGCGAUUCUGCUGGUGGACACUUGGCAAUAACAUUUCUUCAAUACUUGAAACAACUUGACUCAAAAGUCACUGUUUGGCCUCGCUCUGCUAUACUUAUCUCACCUUGGGUCAGAAUAAGAUCUGAUCCAGCACACUACUUACCUGGAAACUCUUGGUAUGAUAACUCACCUCGUGAUAUGAUUUCCUUUACAGGAAUGCAACAAAAGAGCAGACAGGCUGCACUUGUGGGUAAUCUUGAUGUCGCAAACAUGCUAGUCUCCCCAGGUAAUUUACCCUACAAAAAUAGUGAUUGGGACGAUAUUCCAACACUUAACUACUCUGGCUACUCUGCAUUUAUCAUAUUGGGCGAGCACGAGCUGUUCAGAGACGAUGUAUUAGAGUGGAGCAAAUACGCGGUGAAAUCACCUUUAAGAAAACAAAGCAAGGACUCUGGAGGAAUUUUGAAUGAAACAGUUCAUAUUCAUCGAAGUGGUUCAUUCACAAACAAUACGGGAGGUGCAUAUGUGGAAGUCGUUGUUGAGCCUUGGGGAAUACAUGACGCAGCCAUGGUUGUGGAAAGCAAUGUUGCAUUUAAAUUGGGCAACGACAAGUUGACUGUGGCUGAUAUUGAUAACAACGAGUUUUUUGGCAUCACUCGUAUCGUAGACUUUUUGAACAAAAUUUUGUAA